GAGUUGUGGCCAUCAACCAAAGCUACUGCUAUCUACCCUAGGACCGAUGCAAGCUCCAUCGUGUCCUGUCCCCCGCUUGAUGCGGGCGCUGGCGUUACAAUGCCUCUCGGUGUGGCUCUGCUCGUGUGCAACGGCAGCGUCGCUGGCCGUGCCCGAGCUUAGCAGCACUGGCACGGCCGACGAGCACAACCUCCUCUUCUUCAAGUCGGAGCUUUCGGAUCCGGCAGGCGCUCUGUCUUCAUGGAACACGUCCAACCCCCUGUGCAGGUGGCGAGGAGUCACUUGCGGCCGUCGACACCCCAAGAGGGUCGUCGCGCUGCACCUCAACUCGUCCCACCUGGCUGGGCGGCGUGUCUCGCCGUUCUUGGGCAACCUCACCUUCCUCAGGACACUCAACCUUGGUGACAACGACCUUGGCGGGCAGGUGCCGCCGGAUCUUGGUCGGCUGAGCAGGCUGCAGGUGCUGAACCUCAGUCUGAAUGCCCUCCAAGGAAGCAUCCCGGCAGCUUUGGGAAGGUGCACUAAGCUGCGCGUCCUCAAUCUCAGGAAUAACCUCCUCCAAGGUGAGAUCCCUGCCCAGAUAGGCUCCUUGGAAAAUCUACAGAUCCUCAACCUUUUCGCCAACAAUUUGUCGGGGCAGAUUCCGCCGUCGAUAGCCAACUUGUCUUCGCUCCAAACACUCAACCUUGGGAACAACACUCUGUCAGGGACCAUUCCAUCAUCUUUUGGUCGCAUGCCCCACCUCUCUUUGCUUUCGCUCCAGUUUAACAACCUUUCUGGACUCAUCCCUCCUCCAAUAUGGAACAUUUCUUCCUUGAAAGGAUUGUCCGUUGUCGGCAACGCGCUUCGUGGCACGAUACCUGCAGGCGCAUUCGCUAACCUCCCUCUUCUCCAAUUGUUCUACAUGAGCUACAACCAAUUCCAUGGCCAUGUCCCUGCCAUAUUGGCAAAUUCCUCCGAGCUGCAGAGAAUUGAGCUCGGGUACAACUUCUUUAGUGGCACGGUUCCUCCAGAGGUUGGAGGCUUGCAGAAUCUUGAAUCGCUGGCUCUCUCGAACAAUCUGCUACAAGCUACGACUCCAAGUGACUGGAACUUCAUGUCCACCUUAUCCAAUUGCUCCCAGUUACAAUAUCUGGACCUGGCCUCAAACGAAUUAGGAGGGAUGCUUCCUUCGUCGAUCUCUAACCUGUCAGCGUCGCUCGUAUAUCUGUCCCUCUCUCGUAACCGGAUAGUAGGGAACAUACCUGAAAGAAUUGGAAAUCUUCUCCAGUUGCAGGUCCUAUCCCUUGACAAUAAUCUUCUCACGGGAACUCUUCCAUCUUCUUUGAGCAUCCUUACCAACUUGGGAGAUCUGUCCCUGGGAAGGAACAAUUUAAGUGGGAGCGUCCCGUUGACCAUCGGAAAUCUUACUCAGUUAAGCAACUUGUAUCUCGGGUACAAUACUUUCAGCGGUAGCAUACCAAGCACUGUGGGGAACUUGGCAUCCUUGCUGAAUAUUGAUUUCUCAACCAACAACUUGACAGGGAUAAUUCCCAGUAGUUUAUUCAACAUCAGCACACUCUCUCUAGGUUUGGAUCUCUCCUAUAAUUGUUUGGAGGGGUCGAUACCGUCUGAAAUUGGAAAUCUAAAAAACCUUGUAGAAUUCCGAGCGGCGUCAAAUAGAUUAUCACAUGAAAUCCCUCCUACCCUUGGUGACUGCGAGAUUCUCCAAAACAUAUAUCUACAAAACAAUUUCCUGGAAGGUAGUAUUCCGCCACUCUUGAGCAGACUGAAGGGUUUAGAAAUCCUAGACCUCUCAAGCAACAAAUUAUCAGGCCAAAUGCCAAAGUUUUUGAAGGACCUCAACACACUUCACUAUCUAAACCUCUCCUUCAAUAACUUCGUUGGUGAAGUGCCGUUUAGCGGUAUCUUCACGAAUGCUACUACAGUUUCAGUGCAAGGUAAUGAUAAACUUUGUGGUGGAAUCCAGGAUCUUCACCUGCCCCCAUGUUCUUUUGAAUCAUCAAAGAAGAACAAACUUCCAUUGAAAACAAUCAUUAUUCCCCUAGUUGCGGUGUUGGGUGUCAUUUUCUUGGUCUUUUUCCUGCUUGCUUGGAACAAGCAAAGAUCAAAUGGUAACCCUUCGACUGCAACUAUCCAAGGCUACCCUUCGGUUUCUUACCUUACAUUGGCAAAAUCAACAAAUGGUUUCUCCACAGCAAACUUGUUGGGUAGUGGCACUUUUGGCUCUGUAUAUAAAGGAAACUUAGGCGGAGAUAGGGGUGACAGUGCAAAUAUUGUUGCUAUCAAAGUACUUAAACUCCAAACACCGGGUGCACUCAAAAGUUUCACAGUGGAAUGCGAAGCAAUCAGAAACACUCGACAUCGAAAUCUUGUCAAGAUAAUGACAUUGUGUUCAAGCAUUGAUUCCAAAGGGGACGACUUCAAAGCAAUCGUCUUUCAGUUCAUGCCUAAUGGAAGUCUAGAAGAUUGGUUGCAUCCAGACCAAAAUGAGGAGAAGCAUUUGGAUCUCCUUAAAAGAGUGAGCAUACUACUGGAUGUGGGAUAUGCACUGGAUUAUCUUCACUCCUACGGCGCUGCACCAAUUGCUCACUGUGAUCUUAAGCCAAGCAAUGUACUUUUGGAUGUUGAUUUGGUAGCCCAUGUUGGUGACUUUGGACUUGCUAGGAUUCUUACCGAGGGAAACUCUUUUCCCCAAAGCUCAACAAGCUCAAUGGGGUUUAGAGGGACAAUUGGGUAUGCUGCUCCAGAGUAUGGUGCUGGAAAUGUGAUCUCUAUACAAGGAGAUGUGUACAGCUACGGAAUUCUCAUCUUAGAAAUAGUAACUGGGAAGAGGCCCACUGAUAGCAUGCUCAUACAAGGAUUAAAUCUCCACAAGUAUGCUGAAAUGGCCAUACAUGGUGGAGUAAUGGACGUUGUUGACAUGCGGCUUUUUUCCCACAUUGAGAAGGGGUCGCCAGCCACAGAUGACUCUUCUACUUUUUCAAGAACGUAUGAUCCUUCUGAUGAGAGAAGGAUUGACUGCCUGACCUCACUUCUUAGACUCGGAGUAUCUUGCUCUCAGGAAAUGCCCGUGAGUAGAAUGUUGAUCAAAGAUACCAUCAAAGAGUUGCGGUCUAUCAAAGAUUUCCUCGCGUAGAGGAAGGUUUAACUUUUUGAUGAAGGCAUGCCCAGAUGCCAGAGCCUAUUGUAUUUACCGCAUAAAGUAUUCUGAGCACUAUUCUUCAAUUAGUAGCAUGUGUCUCUCUACAUUUUUCAUACAUCUGCUAGUUUCUUGACAGAAAUGUAUCUUUAGAUUUUAUAGAAACACCAAUGUAGUAUCAAAAAGUAAUUCUCUUCUGGAAGGUGACUAUUCUAAUGUGACUGAAAUUUAUCGGAA